UAGGGGAGGGUGGCGGAGGAGGGCCGGGGCUGGCCGCCGCGGACCUGGCCGUAGAUGACUGCAGAAGCGCAGCAGGCUCUGUCCUCUCAGCCCCCUCCUCCUCCGGUGCAGAGCAGCUACGGCCCCAUGUCCUCCGUGGCCGAGAAGCAGCCGCAGAGCUCGGCCAUGGACGCCGCCUCCGCGGCUCCCGGCGGGGCGACCGGCAACGCUCCGGGCAGCGGCGGCGGGGCCCCGGGAAGCGGCGGUCCCAAGGCGAAGAAGACUAACGCGGGGAUCCGGCGGCCGGAGAAACCGCCUUAUUCCUACAUCGCCCUCAUCGUCAUGGCCAUCCAGAGCUCGCCCUCCAAACGCCUGACCCUCAGCGAGAUCUACCAGUUCCUGCAGAGCCGCUUCCCUUUCUUCCGAGGCUCCUACCAAGGCUGGAAAAACUCGGUGCGCCACAACCUCUCCCUCAACGAGUGCUUCAUCAAGUUGCCCAAGGGGCUGGGACGCCCGGGCAAGGGCCACUACUGGACCAUCGACCCGGCCAGCGAGUUCAUGUUCGAGGAGGGCUCGUUUCGCCGCCGACCCCGCGGUUUCAGGAGGAAAUGCCAGGCGCUGAAGCCCAUGUACAGCAUGAUGAACGGGCUCAGCUUCAACCACCUCCCCGAGAGCUACGGCUUCCAGGGCUCGGCCGGCGGGCUCUCCUGCCCCCCCAACAGCCUCUCCCUCGAAGGGGGCUUGGGGAUGAUGAACGGGCAUUUGUCCAGCAACGUGGAGGGGAUGGGCCUGGCGGGACACUCCGUGCCCCACCUGCCCGCCAACGGCGGGCACUCCUACAUGGGCAGCUGUACCGGCUCCUCGGCGGGGGACUACCCGCACCACGAGAGCUCCGUGCCCGCCUCCCCGCUGCUCGCCGGCGGCGGCGUGAUGGAGCCCCACUCGGUUUACUCCAGCUCGGCCUCGGCGUGGGCUCCCUCCGCCUCGGCGGCCUUGAACACCGGGGCGUCCUACAUCAAGCAGCAGCCCCUCUCGCCCUGCAACCCCACGGCCAACCCGCUCUCCUCCAGCCUUUCCACGCACUCCCUCGACCAGUCCUACCUGCACCAGAACAGCCACAACACCGCCGAGCUGCAAGGCAUCCCGCGGUAUCACUCCCAGUCUCCGAGCAUGUGCGACAGAAAGGAAUUCGUCUUCUCUUUCAACGCCAUGGCCUCCUCCUCCAUGCAUUCAGCGGGCAGCGGCUCCUAUUACCACCAACAAGUGACAUACCAGGACAUCAAGCCGUGCGUUAUGUGAUACGGGGCGGAAAAAACACCUCCUGGGACCGGCAAGGCCUGACCCGGGCACCGCUUCCCCCCCCCCCCCCCCCAACAAAGGACCCUCUCGGUGGAAAGGGGGGGUCUCUGCAGACUCGUUCAGGAGGUAUAGACGGGAGCGGCCGGGGACCGGGGCGUGCGGCCCCGGGGCUGAGCCCGCCCCGCAGCUGAGCAUUGGCCGGACCCGGCCUCCAUCGCGGGUCUUCAACCACCGACGGUCUCUGCCUUCUUCUGCUUCUUCGCUCGGGGCUGGGUCGAGAGGAAAGCAAAAACAGCCCCCCCGAAACCCCCGACUGCGAAUUUGGG